UGGAUCCACCAACAAUCAGUGAGUAUGCCUUACAUACUAGGAUAAAAUAAAUAUGCACCCUGACGCGAUCAUGAUAACUGCCCGAGCUUGAAAUUGUCGACGACGUAAACAAACCGCGACAAUAUGCCAACGAGGUGAUCCACGGGUGAGCCACGGCACCACCACCUAGAACACGCUGUUCUCAUACUCGUGACAAGCGAAUUAUUCAACAACCAGCUCUCAGGAGCAAAACCCAUCAACCAAUUCCCCAGAGAAACACAACAUCAACACCACCACCGAGGGGCAAUCACAACCCGCCAAUGCCACCACAAUAACCACACAAACUCCACACCCAAAGCCGACAAUGCCACCCCUCUCCGUCCCCACCUCCGCCGCCCUCUCCCCCUCCCUCCUCAUCCCCUCCACCGACCCCGCCAUCCCCCGCAUCCUCUCCAAACUCUCCCGCCCCGCCCUCAUCUCCCUAACCCUCGACUGGCUUGACGACCGCAACCAGCCCCUUAGCGCGCCCUACCUCGCCUCCGCCGAUGACUCCUCCGAUGACCUACACGCUGGGGACUUCUACCCUCCUCAUUCCAGCUUGGAGGAUUUGCGCGAAUUCUAUACCGACCUCCAAUCCACGCGCGGCACUCGCACCGCCUUACUCGAUCGCCUCUUAACAGGAGACUAUCGUCAUGGCCUCACACUCUACCAACUCGCCAUGGCCGACACGCUGAUCCUACAAACGCACCCAACAUCGCAGAAAUGGUCCGCCUAUGCACUCACACCCUCCCACCCCUCCGCGCCUCCAAUCCCGCGCUUCCACCCACCCACCUUCCUCAAAGCACUACAGCGCGCCCUCCCGCCAGAUAUCAAAGCGCAUUAUAACCUCGACCGACCCCCCGGACUCCCACUCCUACUAUUAAGAGUCAUGCUCCUCGACACACCAUAUGCCACGACCCCCUCCCUCUCAGGCGCAAAGGUAGUCUACGUCGCCUUCCCAGACGCAAGUCCGCAUAUCUUCCUCUCCGCCGCAUCAUCACCCCCGACUACUGGCACAGCCACCACGGCAAAUGAAAACACGGCCCGCGAUCUUAGGAGGACACUCAUAGCAUGUCUCCCCACCGCCCUCUCGCGGCCGCGAGCACGCUACACGUUAGCAUCCACCAACCUCUCCGCCCGCAGUCUCGAAGCGAUGAUCGCGCUUCGUGGCGGGGGAAGGACGGGGAAGGCGCAGGGUGGAUGGGGGGGGUAUGCGCUUAGUGGGAGGAAAGCGGGGGAUACGCCGUUGGAAUCUGUGGCGCCUGUGCUUCGCGAGGUUGUGGGGGGGACGAAUAGGAAUGUUGCUGGGGAAGUGGGUAAACUCGUCGGAGGAGGGGAGAAGGACGGGAAAGAGGAGGAAGGGGAGGAGGUGGAUCUGCUACACGAGGUGCCCGAAGGGAGAGGGAAGGGAAUGAAGCGCCCCCUUGAUCCUGGUGCGGAAACAGCGAAACGCCGGCGUCUCAUUGCCCAGGCGCGGUUCGGGGAUGUGCCCAGUGCCCCGCUUGAAUUGGUGGAUGUGAGGAUUGAAGACCCGUUCCCUGGGGAGAAAGAAGGGGGAUGGUGCCCGAGUGUUAGGGUUGUGUUCAGGGGGAGUGAUGUGUUUAAGGGGGUUAGGGGGUUGGUGGAACGAGGGGUUGUGGAGGGAGAGAAGAUGCCAGGAUGGAUGACGGGGGAGGGGGGGGUGAGUGGAGGGGUUGUGAAGGGGGGGAGGGUUGGGGGGUGA